AUGUUAUUAAAUGGAUCACAUAAAGAACUUUUCGAAUUUAUUUUUAAUUUAAUGAAUGAAUGCCCUCCAAAAGAGAUUAUUAUUUGCGGUAGUUUAAUUGAUUUUAUUGAAUCUUCUGCUACAUGUGGUUAUAUUCCACCUGUAUUAUAUGAUGCUGCAGUAGAAUGUGUACUUUCUUCAUUUAAGUAUACUGCAAAUACAACUCUAAACACUUCGAUUAUCAAAUGUGUUAGUACUUUCAUUAUUUCUCAAACUCAUCAUAUUCAUUCAGAAUUAUUAUUAAGAGCAUUUAGAGUCAUUUUUGAUGCUACUUUAUUAUUAAAUAUUCAUGAGUCAAGUAUCAGUUCAGCUAUUAAUAAUUUAACUCAAUUAAUUGGUGUUAUUGUUAUGAAAAUGGAAAUGGCUAAUUCUGUAAUUGAUGAAGAAAAAGAAAAUAAACGUUCAAGUAUUUCAUCUCCAGUAAUAAAUGAUAUUCUUCCAUGUUUCUAUGAUUCGAUCGAAUUAUUACAUUAUUUGUACUCACUCACUACAACACAUUGGACACAAAGAAGUACUGUUGAUACUACAUUCAAAACUUUUCUUUCAACAAUUACAAAUGAAGCCAAAGAAACUCUUGACUUAAAAUGUCAAUUACAUAGUCUUAGAUUAAUAUCUACAUGGUUAGAUACAUUUUCACCCACUUUACGUUCAUGUAAUUCAUUCAAAAAAGUGAUUGAAGACAACAAGUCUUUUUAUCAAGAUAUACAAGAGUGUCUUAUAUUAUCUUCAACAGAUGAAUUAUUAUUUGAUGAGUCUAUUUUAUUAGUUAAAUCAAUAAUGAAACACAAAGUUUUAUUUAAAGGAUUAUUAAACGAAGUAUUUCAUGUUAUUUAUAUACCACUAUUAAGACACCCAAUUAUUUUUCCAACAAUGAAAUUAAAGAUAUUAGAAUUAUUAAACUUUGUUUGUGAAAAAAAUGCUUUUUGUGAAAUAUAUAUUAAUUGUGACUGUGAAUUAUAUGGAGAAAAUAUUAUAACUGAAAUGAUUUGUGUUUUAUUAUAUCUAGUUGAAAAUGAACAAGAUUAUUCAGUAAAACAUUCUGCAAUUAAUACAUUAAGACAAGUAAUAAAGUCAUUUAGAAAAGAAGUAACUGAACCUCCCAAAGGAGAUUUUAAUAUUCAUGAAUUACUUGCUUUAAAACAAAAGUACAAUGACAUCAAAACAAUUUUCAAAGAAAAUGCUAAGAAAGGAAUAGAACUAUUUAAAGAAGGAGGUUUUUGUGGUGAAUCAGUUGAAGACAUUGUAGAAUUUUUUACUAAAAAUGUUGAUUUAGACAAAGUCGCUAUUGGAGAUUAUGUUGGAAAACAUGAUGAAUUUAAUCAACAAGUAUUAAAAGCAUGUAUCAAUAGUUUAGAUUUUAAAGAUAAAGAGAUUGAUGAAGGAUUACGAAUGGUAUUUAAUCUCUUUGUUAUGGGAGGAGAGUCUCAAGUCGUUGAUAGAGUUAUGGAAUGUUUUGGAAAUCAUUAUUUUGAAUGUAAUAAAGAAAGACUAACUAAAAUGUCAUUGAAUGCAGUUAAUAUUUAUCAAUUAGCUACAAGUGUAAUUUUCUUAUCAACAGAAUCUCAUAAUCCAUCAGCAAAAACAAAAGCAAUGGAUACAUUUGAAAAAUUUAAGGAAGUUAUUAAUUCUGGAUUUGGACUUUCUAUUGAAGAAAAUAUUCUUAAAGGAAUUUAUGAACGAACAACUAAAGAAGCAUUUCAUCUUCCUAAAAUAUCUAUUGUUCAACAAAUCAAUGAAACAAAUAAAAAUGAAUUUCAAGGAAAGAAAAGAAUACUUCAAAUUAAAUCUGACUUAGAAAAAAUGAAAGACUAUUGUAUUGCUAAAUUAAAAGGAUCUACAUUCACACCAUUUGUUUUGGAAAAAUCAACAUUAGUUCCAUUAAAAUUAUAUGAAACUAUUGCAGUUCCAUUAGCAGAAUCAAUUGAAAGAACAUUUGAAAAUAUUGAUAAAAUAGAAGACAUUAAAUUAGUUCUUCAAGGAUUAAUUGAUACAAUUCAUAUGUCUUGCAUUCUAAGACAUGAGACAAAACCACAAAUUAUAAAAGCAUUAUUAGUAAUUACUCAUCUUGAUGUUGUAAAUACUAUCUCACAAAGAAAUGUUAUGGCUGUAGAAACAUUAAUUGAUGUUUGUGUAACUGAUUUUGAAUAUCUUGAAGAUUGUUGGGAAGACUGUCUUCAAGUUAUAUUAAAGAUGGAACGUUUACAUAUGCUAGCUUCUGGGUGGAAAGAAGAGUCUAAUAAAGUUCCAAUUAAAGAACAACGAAUAAAAAGAUUUGAAUAUUCUUCUGACUAUAAAGGACCAGUAAAGGAACGUGUGUUAUUAACUGAAAAUGUUCCCCAAUGUAUUCUUGAUAUAGGAGAUGUUGAAUUAGGUAGUGUUUAUAAUACAAUAGACUUUUCUGAUGAAGCAAUUGUUUAUUUCUUUAAAGGGUUAUGUGGUGCUGCAACAAAAGAAUUAGAAGCACCUAUUCCAAGAAUAUACAUACUUCAAAAAUUAGUCAUUUCAGCUGAAGCAAAUAUUGGAAGAAGUGAAAUUGUUUUCCAGAAAAUAUGGAGGUAUUUAGUUCCAUUUUAUAUUCGGUGUGGACUACAUCCAAUUGAAGAUGUUGCUAUGUCAGUGUUAGAUAAUCUUCGACAGUUAACAAUGAAAUCAAUGAUGAGCCAAGAAGUUUCUGUUGAAAACCAAAAGGAAUUUUUGAAACCUUUUGUUGUUAUUAUUUCAGAUCAUCCAAGUGUUAAUGUAAGAGAAUUUGUUAUUCAAGUUCUUCAACAAAUCUUAACAAAUAAGAGAUGUGGAGAGAAUUUAAAAAGUGGAUGGGAAACAAUAUUUGAUAUAGUUCUUUUUGCCUCUGUUGAUGAAGCUAGAGUAUCAAUUCUUGCUUUCCAAUUUUUUAAACAAGUAUAUAAGUUAUUUGAAAAAUGUCCUUAUUAUGAAAAGUAUUUCUUCUUGUUCCUUAGAUGUUUAAAGUCUUUUGGAAGACUUGAAUCUGUUGAAGAAGUUGGGUUACAAGUUAAUUCUUUGAUUCAAAUGAUUUUAACAAAUUUCUUUGUUGGUAAAAAAGAAGUUGAAUUAAAUGAUAAUUGUUAUAGGAAUAUCAUUCCAAUGUUUAAAGUCUUAUCAACAAAUAUUCAUUCAUUAUAUAUUUCUGUUGCAACAAAUUCUAUAGAAAUAUUUUUUGGGUUAUUAAGAUCAAUUGGUAAUGUUACUAGUCAUGAACUAAUGGAAACAAUAUUAACAGAUUGUAUAUUACCAUUAUUUACUACUGAUAUAUCAAAUCAAUGGGUAAGUAAUAUUUUUGAAAUUCUAUUUGUUGCCACUCUUGAUUUCUUAUUAGAACAACAUGAAUAUUGUAUGUUAUUAGUUGAUCUUAUUGAAUUUGCUUUUUAUGUUAUAUUUCAUGAAGGACCAGCUUUUUCUUCAGCUGCAUUAUCAUUUAUUAAUCAAUUUAUUGGUGGAGUUGCAAAUACUAAUGACACUAUAUUAAUGCAUUCAUUCAUUGAGAAAUUUUCUGUAUUUUGUACAUCAGUUGUUCAAUUUAUACCUAUUUAUAAUGAAUAUCAAUCUGAUAAAACAACAGAAGUUAAUCUAACAAAGGAAAAACAGUUAAAAGGAAAUUGUAUGAUUUGUAUGAAAGAAGUUAUUAGUGAAUAUUUAAUGACAUGCCCAAUUUGUGGUAAACAAAAAUAUUGUUGUGAAGAAUGUUAUAUUAAAGAUACCCAAUCACAUAAAAAGAUCUGUUUACAACAAGUUAAAUUAAAACAUCUUUCUCUAGUUACUGGGCAAGAAUUUACUCAAUCAUUACCACAAUUUACAUCUUCACUAAUUGAAAAAAUUUCAGGAAUUAAUAAUGUCUCACAAGCAUUAUUUGCUUUAUUUAAUAUACUCACUAAAAUUAUUUCUGAUGAUGAUAUGGUAAUUUUAUUUACUCAAUUAACUAAUGUAUUCAAUGAAUUAUUCACUCUAUUCAAUAAACACCCAGAAGAUGUAAGUUCAUUAGUUAAGUCAGAAACACUUAUUGAAAUUUAUGAUUUAUAUGUUGUUCAAUUAUUUGAAAUGUAUUUAAAUAUUUUUACAAGUGAUAAACAUCACAGAGAGUUAAUGUCAGAAUUAUAUUUCUUAUUUGCUCAAACAUUACUUAAAUGUUAUGUUGAUAAUAAAUGUGAAUAUAGUUUGUCUAUUACAAAGAGUGUAAUAAUAUCAAUCACAAAUCAAUUAAUAAAAAUAACUAACGACACCGUUUAUUAUCAGAUUGUUGAUUUCUUAUAUGAUUACUUUAUUGACAUGAUUUCGACGAAGGAUGAAGAUUUAAGAGAGAUUCUUCGUUUAUUAUUGCAUAAACAUAGAACAAUACAAACAAACGAAUUAAAAAAAAAAUGAUGAAAUCUCAUAA